AUGUUGUCCAGCUUCGUCGUAUCAUCCCCUCGCGAUGAUGUACUGGCAAACCAAGAUCUGCUGGACAUCAUAUUCGAAUUUGUGCAUGGAGGCACGAACACGGUUUCACCAUCACCAUCGCAGGGCGUCGGCUCGAACCAACAACUUCUGCACAUCGCCUUGACACACACAGGCUUUCGCGAUCCUGCUUUCAAGGUCCUUUGGAAAGAGAUUCCGACUUUGCUACCACUCUUGAAGCUUUUACCCGGGUUUAGUCUGGUGGAGGGCAUCUACAUCUUCACUCAUAUCCCUUCGACUGAGGCGGAACUCGGGCGGUUCUGCAGAUAUGCAAAGCAUGUGGAGAGAGUCAAGUUCUCCCAGCAAGAAGAAGUCGUUUCACCUUUCGCUUACCAGGCGUUGGCCACGAUCGUUCUACUUGAUCCGGGGUUCCGCCUCCCCGCCCUUCGCACCAUUCGGAUCGAAUGCAAUCCCCGACACGAUUAUGCCGGAGCAUCAUUCCUUCUCACCACACCAUCCGCUUCACUUUCCAGGCUGGAAGUAGUCGGUGUUACGCCAGAAUCAGCUAUAUUCAUUCGCCAAGCUGCCUCCAUCAUAGCACUGCGACAGUUGGGAUUGCGGGAACUUCAUUUGGAAGGGAGGAUGGACGAACAAGUGUUGGUGGACAUUUUCGGGGAGCUCUCCGGCCUCAAAACCUUGUCACACGUUGACAUUGAUGUCCUCAGCCCCGAUGGAAGCUGCUCUUUCAAGAGACCUAUCUUGCCGACGCUGUCACGCCUCCCUAGCAUGACUCAUUUAUCACUUCACGUCGGAUGCAGAGGUGACCACUUCGAGUGGUGGCAGAUUUGCAACCAUGAAGCUACUUUCCCUUCCCUCCGGGUACUUCAUCUCACCCUUCGUGGCGCCCGAGAUGCUGUCAUACACGCAUUUCGCGCAAUUUCCGCCCACAAUCUCCUGCACGCCAAAAUUACCUUGGACUUCAGUCAGCGGACGAACACACCUGGAAACGUGCUGAGAUCCCACUUCUUCAACUUAAUGGACGCCUUUUCACAAGUUGAAACUGUUGAGAUUAUCCAUUUCGACGGUAGUUCCAAAUUACCUUCCGCCUUUAGGAGCUAUUUUAACAGUGCGGCAGACCAUCCCAACCUCGUUUCCCUUGCCCUUCCUCCUCUCGAGGCGUUUGGGGGCGAGGAUUUAUCCUGUCUGGAACUCCUUGCCAAAGGCUGUCCCAAGCUCCUCAUUGCUCGAAUACCCCUUCCCUUGCCGCGAAUAUUCCCAGAGCUCUUCCACUAUUUAGCAACGGUAUCGAUAUCGUCCUCCCAUCCUUUGAGGUCGUUGGAAUUCAGCACUCCGUGGAUGGAGCCGCUCGCGAAACUAGGGGUUAAAGAGUACAUUAUCAUCGCCCAAUACAUCCACCGACUCUUUCCCAACCUGGAUAGACUGGGCGUUUAUCGGGAUGACCAAGGUCGAGUUCACGGGUGUGAAAAGGCGAUUGGAGCAUUGUGGGAUCUCAUUGUCGCUUUGAAGGAGGCAAAGGAGGAGGGUGCUGCGUCUGUUCGGCGUUGCGAUAGCUGCACCGAGGCCAUCCAGCCACUGAAAGGCGGGUCCGAUUAG